AUGUACAGAAUUAAAUAUUUUUGCAUACUUCUCUUCGCAACUUUUUGCAAUUCACAAUAUUCACAAGGCCCUAUUCAGUAUGGACAAUCAGUGUUUCCUCAGAAUAUUCAGCCAUUUGGAAGCUACUUGAAUCAUGCGAGUUCAUCACCAUCUUUGAAUUAUCAAGCUACUAAUCCAAAUAGUUAUGGAUUAAAUACGAGACUAUCCACAUCAAGCUUAAACAAUCCAUUUUCUUUGUCAUCUUCCCAAAGGAUUCAACCAAUUCAGCAAAUGAUGCCAAAUAGGAAUAUUCAAAAUCCACAAUUCUCAAGCUCAUUUAACAAUAAAAAUCAAAUGCCAUCGAAUACUUUAUUCAAUAAUCGUGAUUAUUCUUAUCAGACCCAUGGCACAAUACAAGAUAAUACUAGACGCACAUCAAUUAUUUCAUCAGCUGGUACAAAAUCACAAGCUCCAAAUGCUGUAUUAUAUCAAAUAGUACCACUUUUACAAACUCCGGCAAAUAAUAUGCUAAUUACUAAUAUGAAUAUUAAUAAUAAGAAUGGUCAACACAGCGGGUGUAGCUUAAAUUUCGGACCGCUUAGAAAAAAUGAGCCAAUUUUUUUAAACAAUGGCUUUGAUGUGUUGACUCCAAAUCAAGAUAAUUCUUUGUUGGUCCCAGAAGGAUUUAUAGUUAGAGCAGAUUGUGGACAUGGAAAUAGAUUUGUAAGAACAACAAGGCAGCAAUUUAUUUUAACAUGUAGACGUGGAUGGUUUUACUACACUUUAACUGAACAUUUUAGAGAAACAUCAGCUUUAGGCUGUGAAAGAAUUCCAAAUAGUCCAAACAGACCAAUUGUCGUUAGGAGAACAACAAGUAACUGUGGACAAAAUACUGCAAUUUAUCAAACCGGCUUAUACGUGCAAAAUAAUCAAGAACAAAGGUUCAUUGCAUUGUAUAUUUCAUGUUUUCAUAAUGCCCAUUCGUCUGUUUUAUAUGUCCAAAGUUUUUUUUGGGGAUUAGAAGUAAGACCAGCAGGUGGCUUAUUUAGGUAUCCGAUAAUAAAUGGAUGGUUUGACGGGAACGAGGAUGAUAUCCGCAUUACUUCAAAUAAUUUUCAAACUAACAGUAUAAGAAAUUUAUAUUCAACCAGAGAUUUUGAUCGUGGACAUCUUUCUCCGUAUGCUGACUACGAAUUUGAUUUGCUCCGUAAAGCAACAAAUUUGUACUUUAAUAUGGUUCCCAUGACCUCAAAUUUCAAUUCAGGACGAUGGAGUUCUCUUGAAAAUAUGGUUCGAUUCAAUGUUAGACAAAUGCAUUCAAAUGCAAGAAUUCUCACUGGUGGUUUAAAUGUUUAUACUAAUAACUUUUUGAAUAACAAUCCAUUUGCAGUAAAAAUUCCAGAUUUAGCAUUCAAAGUAGUCAAUGUCAAUCAAGAUACUACAGUUUAUUUUAUGUUUGUUGAUCAACCAGUACCAGCAAUAAUUCAAAGAAUAUUGCAAAUUUUAAACACUCAAAUGUGCAAUCCGAACUUUAUUAAUAAUCAAAAUUUCUUAAAUCGCCAUCAAGUUACUGUUCCUAUUUUUCGAGCAUGUUUUGAACGAUUCUUUGAAUUUACCUGGCCUGAAGGGUUUUGAAGAUUUAUAAAAUUGUUUGGAUGUAUGAUAUGGUCAUAUAGAUAUAUGUCAUGAUGUUAUUUAAUAAAAAUGUUUAUG